UCAUUAGCAGGGGCAGCGGUCGAUCUCUGAAGAAUCUCACCUCAGUAAACAUAGUUGCAUCUGAGUGCCGUGGUUUUGUUGUGCCCAAGUCGGGCGAGAUACGAGUACCAUCCUCGCUAGUUGUUUACAAUCCCUGGACUUAAGUUUAUCUCCUGACUCUGUUUCAAGUGCUUUUGUGUUUUGAGUCCGGCUGGCUUCAAGGACGCUAUCCAUCAGCGAACGAGUUCUGUCUUAAGCAAUAAAACUACAUUACAAUGCCUGGCGGCGAGCUAAAAAUGCACAACAUAAGCCAAAAUUCUCCGGAGGGAGGAAACGGCACAAAGUACAACGAAUUUUCAAUAAACGUUCCACCUCAUGAGUCACCCCCGGAUGGAGAUUAUGAUCCGCACACACAUCGAGUUUUAGACGCACCCACAACUAACAACGAGACGCUAAUUCACUUGCUGAAAGGAAGUCUUGGAACGGGAAUUCUUGCCAUGCCAAAGGCGUUCUACCAAGCAGGUCUCCUCAUUGGAACAAUUGGCACAAUCCUCAUAGGAUUUUUAUGUACAUAUUGUCUUCACGUUCUCGUUCGUUCCCAGUACAUCCUGUGUAAACGGAAACGAGUUCCAAUCCUUAGUUAUCCUGACUCAAUGAAAAUUGCCUUGCAAGAGGGUCCUUCGGGAUUGAGGAUGUUUGCUGACGCUUCAUAUGUCAUAGUCGAUGGGUUCCUCAUUGUAUAUCAACUUGGAAUUUGCUGCGUUUACAUCGUUUUCGUUGCAACUACCGUAAAGCAGGUCGCUGACGAGUUAGCUGACCCGAUCGAUCUACGCGUGCACAUGCUCAUCCUGCUCCUCCCUCUGAUCCUCAUCAAUUACGUUCCUAAUUUGAAAAUGUUAGCGCCUUUCUCGCAAGUGGCCAACUUCAUAACUUUUGCCGGAUUGGCGAUAACGUUGUACUACAUCCUCCAAGAUCUGCCACCGGUGUCGUCGCGGCCGUUAGUCGGUGAGCCCCGAAACUACUCUCUUUUUGUCGGGACUACGCUUUUCGCUCUCGAAGCUGUUGGAGUGAUGCUAGCAUUGGAAAAUAACAUGAAGACCCCUGCGUCUUUCGGUGGCUAUGGAGGUGUACUGAAUAAGGGAAUGGUCAUCAUCGUGUUCCUGUAUGUGGCUAUGGGUUUCCUUGGAUACGUCAAGUAUGGAGAGCUCAUUGCCGGAAGUGUCACUUUGAAUCUGCCCCAAGGAAUGCUUGCACAAUCUGUGAAAUUGAUUUUUGCAGUGGCCAUAUUUAUAACAUACGCCCUUCAAGCAUAUGUUCCGGUCGACAUCAUCUGGAGAACAUACAUGAAGCAGUAUCAUAGCCAUAAAAAUAAAAUGUUGAUCGAGUACAUUCUCAGGACGGCAGUUGUACUCAUAACAUUCGUGCUAGCCGUGCUGAUCCCGCGGCUGGAGCUGUUCAUCUCCCUGUUCGGGGCGCUGUGCCUGUCGGCGCUGGGCAUUGCGUUCCCGGCCAUCAUCGAGCUGUGCGUCCUGUGGCCAGACCAAUUGGGCACUCUCAACUACGUCCUCUGGCGGGACGUCUUCCUCGUCGUCAUCGGGAUCCUUGCCCUCGUCAUCGGCACAUCCAUCAGUGUUAACGAUAUCAUCGUGUCCUUCCAAUGAGGCGCCCCCGGACGGCCAGACGCCCUAAUAGGCCGCCCCCUCCGCACGCUUCUGCCUCGAGCCAAUAACGUCGUUCCUCAUCUCAAUCGGUGAAUGUCCAAGAGAACGUCGAGGAAUUGGACGGCAUUUUGCAAUUAGGAACUACAAUUCCCGGCUUAUCCAUGAAAGCGCCUAUCCGCGUAAGGAAAAUGACGGCACGUGUGCUCUUUCUAAAUUGAGUCAGAAAUAGUAGUUCCUGAUUGCAAAAUUCAGUCCGUAGGAAGUAGUGGUCAGAUCAGUAUUUUCACCUCAAGACGUCGGUUGAUGAAAAAGCAGUAUCACUGGAGAAGAUUUUUUCAAUUUAAUAAUUAGUACUGAACGAUGAUUGGACUACAUUUUGCAACAUGGGGCUAUUAUUUCCUGCUCACUUGAAGAACAUCAGACGAGCCUUUUUAGCCGUUUUUCCUGAGAAGAUACGUGCUUUUAUGGAUGAACCAGAAAUGAGGGACGUGGAGGAAAUGCGCAUAGGUGCAGUUUUUGCUAUUUCAAGAAAUACGUGUUCCAAUGUGCAAAAUUACGUGGAGCCUUAUGACGGCAAGAAAGCUCGAACUCACUUUUUGAUGCUUAAAAAUCGGAUUUUAGUAGUGAAUUAUUCACUAACCGUAUAAGACUAAUUUUACUUGAAAUCGUUAAUACCUUUUUUUCAAAACCUCCACUCAUGCACCGUGUCCUCCAUGCCCCCCGAAUAAUGAUCCCACGUCGUUGAAUGUGGUCAGUUUCUUGUUUCCUUCAGUUUCUUGAGUCAACCGGAAAUCUCUUUGAAGUUAGUGACACGACAUGUCUUUAAGAUAACAGAAAUAUCGUAUGAUACUAAGAGAUUUCCUGUUGAUACAACGAGAAUUCUCAUCCCAGAGUUAUUAAUUGGAAUUUCUAUUGAUCCAACAGAAAAUUAUUCUCCGUGUCGUUAUGGAAUCUGGUUGACAAUCUGUGCUACCAUUGUGCCAAACAAGUUACUAUGCUAGUGCCAAAUCUGGCCAUUAUACGCUGAAACUUCUGAAUAUUUUCUUACAUUGUGCCCUGGAGAAAAUAAAAUGGUUUAAUUGCACGAUAGCAAUAUAUUUUACAAAAAACUAAAUUAAAAUGUCAAAAUAAAAGCUAAAAAAUAACGUACGGAAAAUGUGGCGUUGUGACUGAACGUACACAAUCAUCUAUAUAAAUAAAAUC